AUGAGUAUAUCCCUAAUGCCAGCCGCCCAUGAUCAGUACACUGAUCAUGGAUCUUUCACCCAACAAAGGUUCGAUCCAUGUUUGAGCGUCAGUCACGAAACUUGGUUCAGGGGUAGAAGACCCCGAUAUCAACCAUUCUGCUGA